GCGCAUCCCUAGUUUAACUGUUAGCCACGAAAGAGUUUAGAAAGUUCAAGAAACAGAGGGGGCAGUCUCGUGCGAAUGCACCGCGAGGACAUUAACGGUAGUUUGAGGAUGUAAUUCUCUGAACUGCACUAUUAAUUUAACCUACAGCGAACAGUGGGUUAUGGCAACAAACAAAGAAGAAACUCCUCAGUGGAAAACAACGAUAAUAAUCAGCACGUCACUCCAGAGCCAUGACACAAUCAGGAUGAUUAGUGCGCAGCAGCACCGAAUCCGAUUUUCAGACAGUGUUGAGUCGGGAGCCUUUAUUUUCCCUCUGUCAGGUACGGCAUUUCUUUUGGUUGACCCUCAAGAUCUCCUGGAGCAUUUUGAGGAAUCUGGACUCAUUCAUAGGAUAAAGACAUUUGUGCAAGUACACCGGAACAGCUUUCUACUUCUAUAUGCCCCCUUUAAUGGGAAAAAGGAACUGGAAAUCUUGUCGGCAAUUCAACUGAGAUUCUUUGGCACCAAUCUCAGGACUCUGCCUGUGCGAAACAAUGCAGAGAUUGUCAAAGGAAUGAUGACAAUUGCCAAGGCCACCAGUAAGCCCCAUGUAGACAGUAUCCGUGACCGGAUGUCUCUGGCUCGGGCUCACAUCAUUGAAAGCAGUCCUGUGUGGGAGAUGCUUAGAGACAUUCUAUAAAGCUCAGCAUAUGAUCCAGCAUGUCUUCACACACUUGUGUUGUUUUAUUCGAUGCUAACAGUACAAGCUUUACAUUUGUUUACAAUAACUUUGGCAUAGAGAAUAAAAGAAUUGUAAUCAAUGCAUGUUUCUGUAUGAGCCAAUCAGAGCAAAUAAAGUAAAAAUGUUUAUAAAAAUAACCCAGAAGUGAUUUAGUUUGGGAUCUUCAGCUUUUCCUCUGUGAUCUCUUCGAUACGGACUAUAACACUCUCCAUCAGGUCAAAUGUCACCAAAGCACUCUGCAACACCUGUGACACAAGAGAAUAGUCAGCUUGCUGGUCUUACAUAGGCCAAAAUCUAAAUGAUAGUUAAUAGGAAAGAACGUUUCUGUACCUGGUGCUGGACCUGUGGGGACAUAUUGGACACUUUCUCAUGUGGCACUGUAAUGCUUUUUCCUAACCUGGUGGAUCUGGCAGCAUCUCUAGCUUCUGUGGAGGAUAAUAAAGAUGGUUUACAGUAUG